AUGGUUGCCAAAAAGAGGUUCUUCCCCGAUAUAGCCAGUCUGUUGGCCAACACGCGGAGGCAGAAGCUCUUUGUGGACGUCGACCUCCCGUCUGCAGAAAAUGCCGCCGCUCCCACGCCAAACCAGCGAGGGGUGCUGCUUGCUCAGUUCACCGAAGAGGUGACGACACAGGCGCCCAUGUCCACCGAUGAGGUCGUUGCUCUAUACCACAAGUACCGCCACCAUCCAAAGUAUGCUGAGGAGGCGGUUAAAGAGUGGAACUCGUCGCGGGAGGGCAAGACCGAGUCACCGCAAAAGCGAGCAAAGAUCCUGAUCUCGGAGCUCAUGCCCAUUAAUGACGACGUCUCCAUCGAGCUGGUGACGCCCGUGGAGCCAGCGACGACGACGCCCAUUCCUCAUGAAGUGAUUGAUGAUGAUUCUGACGACGAUCUCACCUUUGAAGGUCUGAUACUUGCUCCUCAAGAACAGCCACCUACAGUGGAGGAAAAUAAGGUCCAGUUGGACGAUAUGUUUGCUCGAGCUCAACAAUACUCUCAGUGGUUUCAGGCUCAGGAAAAGAGCCGUCUGUGGCGAAGAUAUAUCGGAGUAAUGGAAGUAGAGGUAACGGCUACACGGCCUACGGUGAAGCCCUUGCCUUACCAGACUCCCAUGGUGUUGAAGAGACUCAAUCCUAAGACCGAUAAACGCAUAAAGAAUCAGGACCUGGCAGUGGUGAGAGUGUACACCGAGGAACACGACCGAGAAGUGGGGCGUAUCUCCGAAGACUUGACGAGAAUAUUUGCUCCGUUGAUGGACUUCGAAAUGAUCGAGUUCAAACUGCAUGUACUCUUUGAGACGGCCAAGAGGUUACUGACAGGUGAUCUGUUCUUCAUUAAGAUGGAUAUCUAUUUGACUCAUAAGGCAUUCCAAGGGGUAGCCGGCGCCGACGACGAUGAUGACGUGGUAGUGGUUUCCCAAACGACCACCCAGAAAAAACCCAUGUUCGGUUUUGGCCAGGAAACGUCUCAGGAAGUCAAACUCCGACGCCGUCAAACAGCAUUGUCACGGUUGUUUUCCAAGUUAAACGUUCGACCAUUACGAACGUUAAGUGGCGAGGAGGAACCUGAAGAAGAUGCUGCAAUUGACGUCGACUCCGCAGAAUCGCUGACUCCACUCGAUGGUGACUUAAGUUUAGAUCAUCUUAAAAAGAUGUACUCCGAUAAUAACGAAUCUAAGCUUUUGUCACUGCUUCCUGAAACCACCACUCCCCCUUCAGAAAACUUCAAAUUGCUGCUUAGAGCAUACCAGUGCCAUGGCCUUGCCUGGAUGCUUACCAGAGAGAAAGAGUAUGAUCUAGUCGAAAGCUUACUGAAUCAGCAGUCAGAAAUGAAACAACAGGCGAUUCGAGAUAGCGAUAAGACGAUUGACCCUCUUUGGCAUCGUUAUAAGUGGCCUGAAGACCCUACUGGUUUGAGCGAUGGCAACACCGGCGAAUUCUUCUUUGGUAACAUGCAUUCGGGUGAAAUGUCAAUUGAGGAACCCGUCGUCAAAUCAACCACUUUAGGUGGCAUCCUUGCCGACGAAAUGGGGCUUGGGAAAACGAUCUCGGCCCUCUCAUUGGUGAUGUCGUGCCCCGCCGAUGCAUCACCCGAUAUCAAAACCACUCGCCCCUACGCCGCUAAUACUACCCUCAUCGUGGUGCCAAUGUCAUUGUUAUCUCAGUGGAAAAACGAGUUUGACAAAGCCAACAACAACCCAAACUUCUGUUGCAAAGUAUACUACGGCGACGACACUGAGCUUGAUUUGUCACGAUCAUUAAUCAAAAAUGUCAAGGCUUCCAAUCGUCCUGUGCCUGUGGUCAUGCUUACAACAUACGGGACCAUUGUCAACGAGUAUGUUCGUUUACACCGUCGUCGUGAUGCUCAGGGGAACUUGCCCAAAGAAGGCAUUUACAGCGUGGAGUUCUUCCGCAUCAUUUUGGAUGAAGGCCACAAUAUCAGAAAUCGGUCGACCAAAACGGCUAAGCUGAUCUACGAAGUCGCCGCUCAGCGCAAAUGGGUACUCACCGGUACUCCCAUCAUCAACCGGCUUGAUGAUUUGUACUCGCUUGUGAAGUUCCUCCGUUUGAAUCCCUGGCAAGAUUUUUCCAGAUGGAAAUCAUUCAUCACCGUGCCUUUUGAGAAUAAAGAGAUUACUCAGACACUCCAGGUGAUUAAACUGAUUUUGGAGCCAAUCUUCUUGCGCCGUACAAAGCUGAUGAAACAAAAAGAUGGUAAACCUCUCGUGGAACUUCCACCGAAAGUGGUUGAAGUGGAAACAGUCAACUUCAGCGAUCAGGAAAAGUUGUACUACGACUGGUUCCGAGCCAAAGCCACCCAGAAGUUUCGUGAAGGGGUCAAGUCAGGUCAUCUUUUGAAGCAGUACUCGCAAAUCUUAACACAUAUUCUUCGCUUACGUCAAAUUUGUUGUCAUGUUGAUUUGGUCAAGGAAGCCGCCAUCUCCGAUCUUGAGGAGCAGAAUGCCACCAACGCUGCCCUUGAAAAGGAUGAAGAAUUCAUUAAGUUUCAAACGUCAUUGGAAUCAAAGCAAAAGCAAGGGUUUGAGCUGGCUUCGGAAGCCAACAAGAUCAUGUACUCGUUAUACGGCAAGUUUGAUCCCGAGUUCAGCGAGUGCUCAAUUUGUACCACAUCCCCUAUUCCUCAAAAUGAAUUGGUGGUGACUGCCUGUGGUCAUACUUUCUGUCUCUCUUGCAUUUUGGAGCACUUAGACUUUGAGAGCACCCCUGAUCAAUGUCCCAAUUGUCGUGCACCAGUGAAUAAGUACAGGUUAUUCAAAUUGAGAGCUAACUCCAAUACCGAUGCGAAGGAAGUGAGAUUCAUGACCCAAGGAUCAAAGUUUGACGAUAGCCAAGGUCUUUCAAAGUAUCCAUACCGGUUAUUCUUAUAUGACCCUGAAAGAUCAAGUUCGAAGAUUAUUGCGCUUUGUAAACAUUUGCGGGCGAUCAAAGAACAACUGCCGGGAGAGAAGGUCAUUGUGUUCUCUCAGUUCUCAUCUUACUUGGAUAUCAUUGAAGCCGAGCUCAAGAUCCAGGGUGAUUUUAACGUUUUCAAGUAUGAUGGGCGAUUGCAAAUGGCUGAGCGGGAAAAGCUUUUGAAGAAGUUUGACGAGAGAUCAAACAACCGGUUGACGGUAUUGCUCUUGUCAUUGAAAGCUGGUGGGGUGGGGUUGAACUUGACCACGGCCAACAAGGCGUUUAUGAUGGACCCGUGGUGGCUGCCGAGCAUCGAGAACCAGGCGAUCGACCGUAUCCACCGAAUUGGUCAAAACACCUCAGUUAAAGUCGUCAGGUUCGUCAUGGAGAACAGUAUCGAGCAGAAGAUGCUUAAGAUCCAGGAGCUCAAGAACCAUUUGGGAGAAGCAGUGGGAGCCGAAGAAGAACAGAAGAAACGCCGGAUCGAGGAGAUCCAGAUCAUGUUUGAGGAUUGA